GGCGACAGGACUAGAGUUUUUGGAAUUGGUUGCUGUCCCGGCCGGAGUGUGGGUGUAAGGUACCGCUCUGUUGAAUUACGGUUACCGCCGUCUUCGACAAGUGAUGUCCCUGCGCUGCGGCUGCUCUACGUUCCGGUGCUUGACGCAACCCCCCACGAUAUAUGCCGGCUUGCUCGUCCUUCGGUAGGUGAGGUGGCUGCCAGAUCCCGCUCGCCAUGGACCCGUUCCCUCCUCUCCGGUCAACAGCCAAGGUCAACAAGCGUAAGCUUCGUGAAAGCUGCACAGAAUGUUCCUCGUCCAAGGUCAAGUGUGGGAAGCAGAAGCCGGACUGCUCCCGUUGCGAGCAACGCUCGUUGCAAUGCGUGUACGAGUUCUCGCACCGAGCAGGAAGACGACAGGUUCGUCCCACGACGGCUGACCGCACGUCGAACACCUCGAAUUCUGCAGACGCAUCGUUGCAAGUCUCUAGGGAGUCGACGCCCAGGCAGACUGCACGCUCCAGUAUGGCCGGCUUUGAGAAUCACAUGCUUGGAUCUCCAGACCUCACCGCUGCUACACAACCAGACGACUUCUUGAACAGCCUCAAUUCCAACGUCUUGCAAUUGUUUGAUGACUUCACGACCUGGCCGUCGACACCAAUGCUUUCUGAAUCCUCAGCAGCCAUGUCAAUGGACCCGUUCUCAGAGACGAUGAAUGCACCAUCGAACGAUUUCGAUGUGCUUGACAGCUUCAGCUUUGCUCCGACCAGCUCAGCGCUGAUGUCGCCACCCUUGGUCAUCGCACAAAUACCUUCUUCACAUCACGUGUCGGACGUGUCGCGAGGAAAGAUUAGAAGCAUGUCGGACAUCUCCAUGCCAGAUUCAGAUAUCGUGUCCGCCGACGUCGCCAGUGACACGAUAAAGCAUGGGCUUUGUCGAGAAGCUGCUCAGGGUCGAGGCAGUUGCCGCAACCAGCUUUUUAACAUUAUGUUCUUUUCAAAGCUACCCUCAGUCCCGGAUAUCAACGGUUUUGGUGUCCUUCCACAAUACAGAGAUGAUCUGAACAGCACUCGAACCACAUUGGAGAUAACAUCCGCAGUGCUGGAAUGUACUUGCGUUCUUGAAUCCGACGAGCUUGUACAACAGCUCGCUUGCGUGGCCUUGGACGUCAUGAGUAGUUACUCGGCCAUUGCGUCAGCAACCGAUGUCCAGCCAGUUCCACAGACUCCCGUGCAUGUCGGUGAUGGCAUGGUGCUCGGUGGCGACAGAGAUGUCGCCCUGGCUACGCAGGCUACCAGAGUGUUCGGCGAGCUGCACCGAGUGCUACAUCUUAUAGAAGGGCUUGCGAGCUUGUUGAGAUUCCGCGAACGGUCACAGGCGAUGUCAAGUACCGAUUCUCAAUCAUCGGCCUCGCCGUCAAGAGUGGGGUCCGUAAGUGGAGAAGGUGCCGCGCUUGGUCAAACGGUGACGGCUCCAGAGAUUGUGCCGCGGCAUAAGUUGUGCGAGGAUGCGGUCUCACUGGACGCAGUGGAAGCUGGCCUAAGAGAACGUUUCUCUCGACUUGCAAAGGAAGUGAGGCUAAUGCUUGCACGAUGAUGCUGAUGACUGGUGUGACUUGACUGCAUACUGGCGUGGAUAGGUCAUAGGUAUAUACACAUUGUUGCCUGCGAAGGCCCAUUUAAUGACAAGCUUUGGAAUAUCUUGAUGUAUAUGCACGUCUCUCGGCCGAGCAAGACGACUACGGAGGUGCGAAUAAGCAUCUGGACGCUGGAAGUGGCGCAU